AUGAAAAAUUUCACCACAGUCGUCUGGCUAGAUCAAGGAGAGGUACGAAAUAAGCAAUGGUACAUUUCACUAUGUAAAAUCGAUCCUUACCUUGUCUCCUAUCGUAAUGCACAAAGCUGCAUCGAUUAUAUAAGCAAUUCACUAGGUAAUGAAGAUCAUGUGGUCUUGAUUGUUUCAUAUUACAAAACACUACUUGCGUCUGAUAAAUCAAUGCAACAAUUCGUACAAUUAACACAAGUCCACGCAAUCUAUAUUUUAUGCGAUGCAAAUGAAAUCAACGCCAAAAUCUUUAGUAAAUCAACUCGAAUCAGUGGAAUAUAUACUGAUUUUUAUUCCUUAUGUAACGAUUUGAAUUCAUUAACGAGUAUAAACCGUAGACGGAGAGACGAUUAUUUACCUACGGACUUUAUUAUCACUGCAAAGGGCAAGCUAACGGAUUGCUUCGUAACAGAAUCAUUACCACAAUAUCAGCCAUCCGUGAACUUAUCAAGUACUGGCUAUAAUCAAAAUGAACUCGAGUUUCUGUACUUCAAAGUUCUUCGUGAUGUUCUACUCGAGGAUGUGAAGUUGUCACAAAGUGAACUGGUUGCCUUUUUUCGGAAAAAAUUUGCUGAUAACCCAACAGAGUUAAACCAUGUGGAAGAGUUCGAAGAAUACUACGAACCUACAAAUGCUAUAGUUUGGUACACACGUGAUAUAUUUCUAUAUCGUCUAUUAAACAAAGCUCUAAGAGAUCAAGACGUUCAAACGCUCUACUCAAUGAGAUGCUUUAUUAAAGAUCUGUAUCUGAGAUUGAAAGAAUGCUUCAAUGCUCAAUUAUCAUCUCGUUUAAUACCUCUGACGAAAAAGACUGUUUAUCGAGGACAACAAGUGAGCAAUUUUGAGUUCGGCCAUAACAUACAGAACAACAUUGAUGGAUUCUUCUCCAUAAACAGUUUCAUGUCAACAACAGCAAUUCGAGAGUUAGCAGUCAUCUAUGCUGGUAAUAAUACCUCGAGCGCAAUAUCCAAAGAGCAGUCUAUUUUAUUUGAAAUUCCUAUUGAUACGAGCAUAAAAAAAUUUUCAUAUGCAGAUAUUUCAAAUGAAAGUGCGUUUAUGGAAGGUGAGCAAGAAAUUCUUUUUACCAUGGGUACCAUUUUUCGUAUAAAAUCGGUUAUAAGGGAACACAAUGAAGAUAUUUGGCUCGUUCGAUUGGAAUUAAGCGAUGAAGAAGAUAAGCACUUACACAAAAUUAAUUCCAUAAUUAAGGAAGAUAUUACAAAACCAUACAAACCGUUAGUAAAAUUAACAAGAAUCAUGUUGAGAAUGCAAUAUUUGGAGGACGCAGAGCGAUUUUCAUUGUUGGCUCUGGAAGACAAAUCAAUCGGUAGUGACUUGCAUUUACUCGCACUCAUCUACUAUCAACUUGGAGUUAUAUGCAAGAAAAGUGGAAAAAUCAAUGAGGCAGCGAUGCACUUCAAAAAGGCGUUAAGUACGAGGUUGGAGAACGGUGUAUCGCAUACUGAUCCGUCGCUGUCAAAUUUAUAUACCAAUCUAGGAACUGUAUAUGAAGAUUUAGGUGAAUACAGUAAUGCUCAUACAUAUCAUAACUUGGCAUUGAAAGUCCUUGUAGACGUUGAGACGGUAAAUCAAAAUGAUCUAGCUGUCAAAUAUAGCAAUAUUGCUUCUAUAUGUCGUAAAAAGCAUUACUAUGAACAAUCAUCAGAAAACUACACUAACUGUUUACAGAUUGAGUCCGAAAUACUUCGCCCUAAUGAUGUCAAACUACUGAUUACGAAAAACAACAUUGGUAUCGUGUACAUUUUGCAAGGAAGUUACGCUAAAGCAACCGAACAUUUUCAUGAAAUAUUGGUAGUUGAUGAUACUGUAUUAACAUCGUCUGGUUCUACUAGUAUAUUUUUAGCAGUGAUCCACUGGAAUUUGGCUUGCGCUUUUUAUCACCGCAGACAAUGUGCACAAGCUCUUGAGUGCCUUAGACAAUGCUCCAGAAUCAUCAAUUCCAAGCCAAAUAUUGUAUUUCAAGGGUCAAAAGCUAAAGACUGUGAAUAUUGGAUUCAAAGCAUUGAAAGCGUACUUUCGAACGAACCAAAUCAAUUACAGAAGAGGUAUACACCUGAUCCAUGGUCAAUGUGCCACCCAUAUGAAGUUAGUUUUUGA